GCCCCGCCCCGGCCGCGCGGCCCCGGGAUGCUGCGGAGCGGAGCUGCGGGCGGAGGGAGGCAGGUGAGCCCGGGGGGGAGCGGCCCGGGGAGCCGGCUGUGUGCUUGCGUGUGCGGGGGCGAUGUGAGGGCGGCUGGGCAACAUCCUUCUCUUUCUAAGGAGGUUAUUUAUUUAUUCCCCCCUUCUCCCGGCGUUCGCUCGUUUUUAAUCGAUUAUUAUGAUUAUCCACCCGCCUUCAGGCUCUUUGUUCCCAGCGAGCGGAGCGCUGGGGCUGGGCCCUGCGAAUGGGGCUGGGGAGUGGGAGGGCUCGGGGCCGCCGGCUCCAUCUCACCCCCCCCCCUCCGUGGUGUGGUCCCGGUGCCUUUGGGGCCGGCAGCUGCUGGGAGCGUCCCUCGGUCCUGGCACGGCUCUCUGUCGGUGCGGCAUGGCGAUGGGCAGCGGCGGUGCUGGGCUUUGUGCUGACACCCAGCUAACCUGGAAAUGCAAGUAGGGACAACAAUGGGGUCUUGCUUUUUGGACUUGUCAGCCUUGUGGACUUCUAUGCACACUUCUUCAGCUAUGAGUCGAUCAAUAGGACUUAAUAUCUGUGUGGCCACCUGCUGCAUCCUGCUUUUAUCCUCUAGCCCACCAUGCCUUGCAUAUCCACUGCUGAAGGAGAGGGACAUGACAAAGGCCCAGUAUGACGCAUGGGCAGGGAAUGGGGUAGAAGAUGAAAGGACAAACAUGCCGAACUUAAUGAACAAGCUGAGCCCUUCUGAGCAAACGCUCUCUGAGGAGCCGUCUGGAGUGUCAGCAAAGCCAUCUGGGAUGCCCCUAAAUGAAGCUUUCACUUCUGAAAGAGAAAUGUGGCCUGUAAGCCCAAGCCGAACCUUCCUAGGCAGCCAGGGCCUGGAUGUCAGCACCACCGUGCCUGGGGCACUGGUUGCUGUAGAGGAGGAGCUCAGUCCCACCAAGUCAGAACUGAAUGAAAAUGGAGAGUUCAAGGCUAUGCUGACCACAGCUGUGACCACCCUGAGCCCUCCUGUCCAGGAGGAACCCAUCAGUGUGGCCACCACAGAGGACUGUGAGGUGGGGCAGAGCUCUGCCAGCCUCCUGGCAAACUCUCCUUCUGUCACAGCUGCAGCAGAGGAGGAGAUAGCAGAGAGCAGCUUGUACCUCUCAGCUGCACCCCAGCCCCACAGUGAGCAGGUACCCACAUCACAGCCCAACACUCCCAGCCUGGAAAGGGCAAUUGACUACCUCAUCAUCCCAACAGCACAGGCCCCAAGCGAGAGUUUUGAGGUGGGAAUGCCAGAAGCCAACACAGGCAGUGCUCCAAGGUUACUGGCUUCACAAGGAGCUACUGCUGCUAACCACCCCCUUGUGACCACUGAGGCCUACCUUCAUCUGGGGGCAGACACAGGUGUGGGACAAGGAGAGCAGCCCACUGCAGCAAGCACUGCCUUCAGCCUCCCUGCUGAUUCCAUGCUCUCAGACUGGGAUGACACUAAGCUGGGGAGUACAAGUCAACAGGGAAGCAUGCAGCAUGAGGAGGUGGGAGAAGACCAAGUGGCAACAGAAACAUCCCAGAUUCCACUGGGAGAUAUGGAAGAAGAGGAGGAUGAUGUGACAAGAGUGCUGCCAUCCCCAGCAUCUGCUCCACCAACUCCAGGGCUUAUGAAGGAGAUCAACUGCACAACCCCUGCAGCAGUGCAUGAGGAAGAUGCACUGGUUACUUUUACAGCCAGUAGUGAUGUUUCCCUCACAGGGGACUUGCCAGAUGUAGACAUAGGUGGUCUGAACUCUCUGGAAAACAGUAACAUGGUCACAGCAGAAGAGAAGAGCAUCCUUCCUUCACAACCAGAGGCUCCUGUGAUGACAGACAUAACACCUGAUCUCUCCUCUACUCUGGAGAGCUCACUGGAAGGCCUUACUCAGGAUGUGACAACUAUUGCCCAGGAGGCUGCUGCUGCUGUGACAGCUGUGACACUGCUGCCUGCUCCUGCCCAGGGGACAGGAGCUGCAAGCCUUCCCCAGGAAACCAGUGGGGAGGACACCCAGAUGCUGAGUGCCCCUGGUGCCACCCACAUGCUAACAGCUGCAGGCACCUCCACAGUGAGAACUCCAGGUGUGGAAGAUCUCACAGAUGUGGUCCUGAUCACUGGUGAGAAGGCUGUUCCAUCUCCAGGUGGGUUGCUGGCUACACAGUCUGGGCAGACAGAGGAACCAUCCAGCAAAAUGAUGGUCCUGGUGACUCCAGCAUCAGUGGCAUCGUCUGUUAGGAGGACAGCUCUUCCAGCUGUGAGGAAGAUCAGUACAGCUGUAACCUAUGGGCUGGAUCGGCUGGAGUCAGAAGAGGCUGAGGAAGAGGAAGAGGAUGAAGAGGAGGAGGAAGAAGAAGAGGAGGAAGAGGAAGAUGAAGAGGACAAAGAGAUAGAUUCUAUGGAUGAAAGCAUGGAGGGUGACACAGAGCUGCCGGGCUUCACGCUUCCAGGCGAGACCUCCCAGGAGCCCAUAGCUGGCCUGGAGAACCCUGCAGCCCAGCUGGCUGGGGUGUCCUACCAGGUUCCUGAUACCAUUGAGUGGGAGCAGCAGAACCAGGGGCUGGUGAGAAGCUGGAUGGAGAAGCUGAAAGAUAAGGAAGGAGACAUGUCUAGUACCAACUUUGCUCAUAGCAGAGCAUCCUGGCCUGGGAUUCAGCCAGAGCGAGAGUUGCAAGGACAGAGAAUGGUUUUCCCAACGAAGGCAGGGUACAUGUCGGGGAUGCUGGUUCCCGUAGGAGUCGGGAUAGCUGGAGCUCUCUUUAUCCUCGGGGCACUCUACAGCAUUAAGAUCAUGAAUCGCCGGAGGAGGAACGGCUCGAAGAGGCAUAAAAGAAAGCAGAGGGAAUUUAACAGCAUGCAGGACCGAGUAAUGCUCCUAGCCGACAGCUCUGAGGACGAAUUCUGAAUUGAACUGCAGUGCCCUUGUGAUAUCCAAUGACUUGUAAAAGGAGGGAGGGGAGGAAAAGAAAAGAAAGAAGGACUUUCUGCUGCAUCGCUGCUCUCAGCCGCCCCAAACACCAAGCAGUGGUUGGUACCACCCUGCUGAACCAGCAUGCUAUGCUCUACGUGUACUGCGCAGUGAUGUUUGUUUUGAUACAGUAGUGAGAUUUCACAUUCGCACCCAGCGCCUCAUUCAGAUCCACGGCACAUCUUGCUGCAGCUGGAGCUGAUCCUCACGGAUGAUUAUUUUCCUAUUAUCCUGGUGUACUGUUUCGAUCCUGGCUGGCAGUAAUCUAAUCAUAACAAUAGCUCUCACCUAACCUGGGAAUGGAAAUCUUUACUGUGAAUGACUUCUGUCCAAUUUGUUAAUUUUAAAUGUUAACAUUACCUGAGCUAGAGUUCAUUAGUGCUGAGAUUAGCUGCUCUGCUUAAUUAAUGAAUUACCCACUUGAACUGUAUCCCUCAUCACCCGAGAAGUGCCCGAGUACAGUGUUGUUGAUACAGUUUGAAGCACAUUUCUAUGCUCUUUUCCCCGAUUCCCACCCCUUCUUUUACAACCCCUGCCUUCAGCUCUGCUCCUCGCUUCUUGGAAACACAUGGGAAUGGCCUCAACUCUUGAUUCACGACAACAACUUUAAUCCAUUUCCAACCAGCACCGUCUGUGACAGCACAAUAAAUACCAGCGCUCACAUACUGAUGGGUAGUCUUGCAUGGAUCCUUAGCUUUUGUUCAGUGUGCAGGUAGGUAAAGGGAAAGCCAGGUCAGAGGUUUCCUCAGCUUCUGCUGCCUGUUUGUAGGCACUAGUGACUGCUUCUCCUCUAACACAUGGCUGCGUUCACAUGGAGAUGGAGGUGGAGCAUGUCUCCUUCCCCAGCUGCGAGUUGCAUUUCCAGCCCCUGAAUGCUCCGUGAAUGGCAGAACCUCUGGGAGAUCUGAUGGGUCUUGUCUCCGUGCCACCAAACGCAAGGAAGGCAUCAAAGGUGGUUGGGUGUCACGAGGCUCCUGGCUGCUGGAGAGAAGCAGUAGCCCCAGUUGGAGGGAUGUCCAGGGGAGGUGAGCUGGUUGAGCUGGGAACUCUUGGCCAUGGGGAAGAUGUGUAGCUGUAGGACAGAUGGCUGUGGAGGGCUGUGGAGAUGGAUCCUAAUGGUGCCUUGGGGUGAGGUCAAGCUGCCUGUACUGCUGGCAGCAAGUUGCAGAGGGAAGCAUCCAGUGUCUGACAUCAGUGAACCGAGCAGGGGAAGCUAAUGGUGCUUUGCACAGUCAAAAUGGCUAAUAACAAAGGGCUGCAUUACUUAAUCUCUCUUGCCAGUUGUGAAAUGACUCUUUAAUCUUAUGUUUAUGCAAAAUAUCCAAGGUGGAAAUCACUGUUCUGUGAGGAGUCACCCUUCAUAUAGAGAACAGCACCUGUCACCGAAGGAGACUUGGUGAGAGAAAUGAGAUCAGACGGAGAUGAGUCCCACUGAGUCUUAGAGGAGGUGUGAGGGAGGGGUGAAUGAGGUGACACCCAUAUAGGACUUCAGUGAAGGUGAAAAGGCUGUCAGGGUGCCGAGGGCAGAUAUAGUUGAUGGUAAGCAUACGUCUCACAGCCUGUGAAUGGGUUUGUGUGGUAGAAACAACGUUCAGAAGAGCACAUCAGAAGAGUCUGAAGCUCAGUUCUCUUUUUUCAAAGGAUUCUCUGAACAAUAAGUCAUCAGAUGGACAUCCAGUUACAAGGAAGCAGUGCUCUUCAGAGCCCAGGUACUUUCCUGCCGGCCUCCCCCUCCCACCCAGUGAGCCACCUGGAGAAGGACAGUCAGGACCACCUGUUUUGAAAUUGCUGCUACCAAUGCUAGUCUUCCAGUCCUGGAGCUGUGCGUGGCCCUCACUCUCAUCCCACUGGGUGGUGGGAAGCAGGUUGGCGGGAGAGCCAUCAGUGUGCCAUGCAGUGUCCAUUCUUCUGUCCCUCUAGGACAGGUCUCCCAGCCAGGAUUCCACAGGGUUUGCCUCUCUCCCCUUUCAUUCCUGCAGCUUUCAUCAGGAAAAUGUUGCUUUGCUAAAAGCAACCCCAGAUCUCUCAACAGCCACUGCCUGGGAGCCCUCUGUUAAGUCCCUACCCAAAACUGAAGUCUUUUUUUUUCAUCACAAGUGGUCAGUCCAAGCUAAGAACUUCCCUUCUGGACGGAUCACUCCUGGUUUCCUUCUCAUUCCUGUCUCUUUUGGAGCCUGCAGGUGCUUGGGAGGAGUUAACAGCCUGCUAGCAUAGCUGAUUGUCCAGUCUUGGCUGCUGGGCCAAGUAGCCUGGAGGAGCAGUUGCAUGGAGCAGGGGUACCAGCAAGAGCCAAACAGCUGGGGAUCAGCAGGGCUUUGUGCAACAGCAGCCUGGGAAGGGCAGCCCCUUCUCAACUUCCUUGUUAAUAGUGAUGUGCCUGUGCAGUUUGUGAUAACUGCAGACAUCGCAUUGAUAACCAGUGAGCUCCUGGGCAGUGGGGAGAAGGAUGGCUGAGCAAGGCUGCUGGCGUGAGUGCAGAUACUGCAGCCCUGGCAGGGCUGUUUGGGUGGGUUGUCAAUUUGAUGGAUUGAAAAGGCUGGUGGGGAGGCAAUGCGGCCUUUCAUUGCACUAAUUAAUCCUCAGGUUGGGAAACGUUUUCUACAGUGGCAAUCAGUUUCACUGUCUCUCUCCUCUUCUCAGUCCUUGACGUGGUGAAUUUAAAUUAAAGGCAGCGUGGUCUGUUAGACAAAGCACGGUCUGUUGGACAAAGCUGGCAUCUGAGGGCACUGUGUGGGUGACCUGUGAGAGCCACGCGUCUCCCAGUGAGGACACACAGUGGGUGGCUGUGAUGCUGGACAUCAGCUGUGCCACAGGUAAGGAUGGCAUUGUUGCAGGUAUCUGACUGGUUGUUCUACGGGCACGAUGGGACAAACUGGGCAAGUUGUAGCCAGAUGGGAUAUCCAGCCAAAGGCACAGCUCAAUGUUGGCUCUAAGGUCUGUGCUUUAACCGGAUCUGUGGAUAGAAGGGCUGCCCAAAGAUUUUGCUUAUGCUUCAGCUUCACUCCAGUCCUGGCUCUGGCUCUGACCCCCACUCUACCACGCUUUGCUCCUGGGUUUGCUACGCACAGACAUGGUGCCUUGGUUGGGAGCUGCUGGUCGGCGGAAACUUCCUGUAGGCCAACUUUAUGAGUGGCUCAGCAGUGCAGAGAUCCCAACCAAUGUCCCUUUGAAACAGAGGUCUUUAAUAGUUACUUUUGGUCAAGCACCUACCCGAGAGCCUGGAUGCUCCCCAUAUCUUCCAGUUUAGUUCUCCUUGGGGUGGAGGCAAGAGGGGAGGCCACAAGCAACCUUAUGUCCCAGUGAGACUCCCAGGAGCUCUUGGAGCACAGACAGGGUUUUCUGCAGAGCUUCUGAUGUCAGUGGGAUUCCUGCAGGUCCUUAAAGCACAAGCAGCAUUCAGCUCCUCCUCUCAUCCAGUACCAGUAGACUUUGGGCUGGGCUCUUAAGAACAUUUUCUGUGCAACUCUUGGAGUUAGAUUAACUUGCUGGAAGUUAUCAGAUUGCAGGUGGGGCGGAGAGACGGUUUCCAAUGGGAACUGAAGCCUCGGGUCUCUUAAAGCUCUGCUGGUUUGAUUUGUAUCCAUGCAUUUCUAAAAUAAAAAGCCAAACAGAUUCUUUUGAGAAAUAAAGGAGAAGAAAAGCAGCAGAAGUGCCCUCUGGCCCUGCAUGCUCAGUGCUGGGUGACCUGAAUGCAGAGGUGGGUUGUGCCACUGCUGUGCAGCCUGAGCCCCAUGCGACGGCACAGCUGCAAGGACGACUCUGCUGCAGCAAUAAUCCUCUCCUGACUUGGCACAGGACAUGUAGCUCACCUCUGUUUUCCUGCGGAUGCCCAGUUUGGUAUUUCUUGAUAGCACAAGCCAAAAUUUGUUGUAGGCAACACGCAACCCUUCCAGCAUUCACAGCCCCAUCUCCGAUGGGAGGAAGCAGCCUGCCCGACGCGCAGCCCUUGCCCUGAUGAAAUGUUCCUGCACUCCUCAGCUGCUGAUUUUUUAUGGUGUCUCUAACGCCAGGUGUUCACCCUAGAUGAGGUUCCUUUGGACUGCACUGCUUCCAUAGAGGGAUGUUAGCAGUCCUCGUGCUUUCUUGUGGUUUUCAAUUUUGGACGAGACCAACUCCUCAUACUGUAACUAUGGAAUGUAGCACUUUGUUAAAGUAAAACAUUGGAAAAUAAAAAGCUGGCCAUCAUAGCUGACUUUAA